ACUGUUUGUUUCCUUCAACAGGCAAGAUGAAGGUCCAGCUUGUGUUCUUGCUGCUGGUGCUCCUCUCUGCUGCUGUGUUUUCCCAGACUGUCGAAGAUCGUUACCAACACUUCUUAAGCCAGCAUGUAAAUGAUGACAUGAGCGUCAAGAGAUGUGAUGUAGAAAUGAGCAGUAGGAGCAUCACCGGCGCCAACAAUGCUUGUAAGGAAACCAACACCUUCAUCCUAGCUGGCAAAAAGUUGGUCAGGGGUGUCUGUGGACAAGCUGGGGAGCCGUAUCAGCAGGGGAGAAACUUGAGGAUCAGCCUCCAACCCUUCAGCGUCAUUGUCUGUGAGCUGAAAAAUCAGGUCAGGCCCCCUCGUUGCGAGUAUCGUGGUCGCGCGCGAACCGUGAGAAUUGUAAUCGGAUGUGAAAAAGACUUUCCUGUGCACUAUCAGGAGAGCGCAUUACCUUAAUGGUUCACUUCAGUGUGAUAUCAAAUAAAAUACUGGUGGCAACUUAA